AUGCGAGAUGCCAUUCGUUAUCGUGGAAGGCGCGUGGUAGCUGCCUCGGCAGUGCUGUGGGCGGCUAAGGCUGCUGAGUCACUGGCCCUUCCUGCACACCAUUUCAGGCGUUGUUACGCGAACGAGGACGCGAGCGGCACCUCAAUGCCGUGCCUUUGUCUCGCUCCAACCGAUUCCCGCGUCGAAUCGAAACGAGCGGAUGUCAACGCUCGCCGAUUGUCUAUUGUUAUUUCGAUUGGACAGCACAGCUCUAGGGUCGGUUCUAUU